AUGGCCGGGAGGGGCGGUGGCAGCAGCACCUCCCCGCCGCCGGGCGCGGGGGUGGGGGCAGAGCGGCGGCGGCGGCAGCAGCUGCCCCAGCCGCAGGAUGCGCUGCCCGGCCCCGGCGCCGCCGGAGCCCUGCGAGGGGCAGAGCGGGCGGCGGGGAUGGAUGCGGCCCCGCGGCGCUGCCGCGGCUGCUGCUGGCGGCGGUGGCGGCGGCGGCUGCGCGGGCCGCGGUGGGCGCUGGCGGCCGGGCUGCUGGGCGCCGCCGCCGCGCUCGCCCUGUACUCGGCGCUGCCCGAGCCGGCCCGGGCGGACGGCGAGGCGGUGACCGUGCUGCUGUGGUGGGAGCCCUUCGGCCGCCCGCGGCGCUUGCCCGACUGCCGGCGGCGCUACAACAUCAGCGGCUGCCGCCUGAGCGCCGACCGCAGCCGGUUCGGCGAGGCGCAGGCGGUGCUGUUCCACCACCGCGACCUGGUGCGGCACGGCGCCGAGGGGAUGCCCCGAGGGUCCCCGCCGCGGCCCCCGCGCCAGCGCUGGGUGUGGAUGAACUUCGAGUCGCCGUCGCACUCGCCCGGCCUGCGGGGGCUGGCCGGGCUCUUCAACUGGACCAUGUCCUACCGCCGCGACUCGGACGUGUUCGUUCCCUACGGGUACCUCUACGUCCCGCCGGCGCCCCGGCCCUUCGUCCUGCCCCGCAAGACGCGGCUGGUGGCCUGGGUCAUCAGCAACUGGAACGAGGAGCACGCCCGGGUGCGCUACUACCGCCAGCUGAAGGAGCACCUGCCCAUCGACGUGUACGGAGCGCGGGGGCUGGCGCUGGCCGAGGGGGGCCUGGUGGAGACCGUCUCAGCCUACAAGUUCUACCUGGCCUUCGAGAACUCCCAGCACACCGACUACAUCACCGAGAAGCUCUGGAGAAACGCUUUUUCCGCCAGCGCCGUGCCCGUCGUCCUCGGACCCCGCAGAGCCAACUACGAGCGCUUCAUCCCCCCAGAUUCCUUCAUCCACGUUGACGACUUCCCCAGCCCCAGGCUGCUGGCCACCUACCUGAAAUUCCUCGAUAAAAACAAACCAAACUACAGGCGGUACUUUGCCUGGAGGAAGAAAUACGAAGUCCACGUCACCUCGUUCUGGGAUGAGCAUUUCUGCAAGGUCUGCGAGGCUGUUAGGGCAGCUGGGAAUCAAAUCAAGACUGUUCGAAAUCUGGCCAGCUGGUUUGAAAGCUGAUGUUCCUGGCGGGUGAGGCUUGCCUGGACAGCCUGGACCGAGCGCCAAGGUGUCGGGAAGGAUGGGUCUUACAGAGAUCAUUAGCCCAGGUAGCUGGCAUUAGCCGCAGAAGGCUGACAUCAGUUGGAGAAUCAUACAGGUACAGGAAAACAAGCUGUGAAAAGCCUACAAAAGGAAGAUUUUUAUUCAAGAGAAAAUUAUAAAGGUACAAAGAGACAUUAUGCCAGAUGAUUCCUAAAGAGCAAAGUUAAAUUUCCAAAAGUUGUACAGUUACAGAACUUCUAAAGUUCUGCACAGCUCAACAUAAAUAUCCGAUGCCAAAUUCCUCAGCUGUACAGCUGAAACCAAUUUUGGCAGCUAUGACAACUUCCUGGACCAUAAAACUUUCCUCUGCUCUCAGAUCAGUGCUAGUUUUCUGUAAUACAAAGACAAAAAUGAAUGUUUUCAACUGGUUUUUGUGCAUGUGAAAGCUAUCUACAGACAAAUUCUGAGCCACAAGUAUUGAAUGUAAGAAUCUUAUGAUACAGUAGCACCUUCUAGCAAUGCUUGAAAUUGCAGCAGCCUGCUAAUAAUGCUUUGAACCAAAUAAUUGUUCCACAUAGGGAAAAAAAGCGUAUGCAGGGGACUGAAUCUGAGUGGACAAAAAGCUCAAAUGAUGUAAAGUAUUUCUCCUAACACCUGCUGAAACUAUAAGCAUGUUUAUCCUGUAUGAAAGUAGAGUAGGACUUUAAGUACAGGGAAACACAGACUGUAGGGAAGAAAGCU